UAAAAAUCAAUACAAAAUGGAUAACUAUUUCAACAUAACUAAAUUUUUACUCGUAAAGAUCACAGUUAGCAAGAUCGUAUUGAUUUAUUCUAUUUCUUGAACGACAAAACGAGAGCUUCCAUCACAAUAAAAACUUGUCAGUGUGACAGUGCUGUCAACGCAUACAAAAACUGAUAAUGUUGCGAAUAUUCGUGUGAUCUAAUUAGAAGAAAAUCCUUCAACAUAACAAAAUGAAUCAAGAGGAAAUAAAGUCGGUUGUGCAAGAAAAAUUCCUCUCCAGCGAGCGGGUCACGGCUUUCCUGUGCGAUGCAAAAGUAUUGUAUCCCGAACGGAUAAUGAAAGAUCGUCUUCUGGCGAUCGUCGAAUUUGGAGAUGAAAAGGCUGUUUUCUGUUUAUUCAGCUCGUGUUACCCACCCAAAUCUUUCACAGACCUGUCUAUAGAGAUAGUGCUGCCCAUCGACAACACUUUCAAAUGUGAGAUUGACAACAAGCCUUCAGACCCGGAGGCGGUAUUGUACCUGAACCUGCAGUCCCGUAACAGUAAGUUUAAGUUCGAAAUUCAAAUGACCCCGCGUGUUGACAACUUCGUCGACGAUUUAUUCCGAGGCAUUGACGCUGUGAAUAAAGUGCCUACACAGCCUGAGUUUGUUUGGCUCAAGAAGUAUAAUGGCAAAACUGAAGACGACAUAAUUACACAGAACAUGGUCGUCCCAAGGAGUGGGGUAGCUCACACACAAAACUCUGCCCCCGUCGCCCUCAGGGAGAGUCUUAUCAAACAUAAAAUGUCUGACAAAGAGCUUGAGUAUACAUUCAAGAAGAGAUUCUCAAUUUUCUGUGGCACAUGGAAUGUAAAUGAUAAAUCCCCAACAAUAUCUCUCAAAGGCUGGCUGAAUGUUGACAAAGAACCACCUGACAUUUACGCAGUAGGCUUCCAAGAACUUGAUUUAUCUAAGGAGACAUUCCUUUUUGACCAGACAUUUAGAGAAGACGAGUGGUACAAUGCUGUAUUGAAUUAUGUUGAUCCUCGGGCCAAGUAUGUAAAAGUUGAGAAAGUGAGGCUUGUGGGCAUGAUGCUGAUAGUCCUUAUAAAAGCAAAACACAAGUCCCAUGUAAAGAACAUCAUGUGUGAUACUGUGGGAACUGGAAUUAUGGGCAAGAUGGGCAACAAAGGCGGUGUUUCCAUUAGAUUUGACCUUCACAGCACUUCUUUAUGUUUUGUUAACUCACAUUUAGCAGCACAUGUGGAAGAAUAUGAGAGACGCAAUCAAGACUUCAGAGAUAUAUGUAACCGCACCAGGUUUGUGCAGCCGAACCAAUUGCCAAAGGGUAUUGCUGACCAUGACCAUGUGUACUGGCUGGGGGACUUAAACUACCGUAUAACCGAAAUGGAUCCAACAACAGUGAAGAAGAUGGUUGCAGAAAAUAAUUUCUCAUAUGUUUUGGAAUGGGACCAGUUGAGACAGCAACACAAGUUGCAUAAUGUGUUUUCUGGGUACAUGGAGGGUACCAUCAUGUUUAAGCCUACAUACAAAUAUGACCCUGGUACAGACAACUGGGAUUCCAGUGAGAAGAACCGAGCUCCAGCUUGGUGUGACAGAAUAUUUUGGAGAGGGGAAAGCAUCACACAACUCGCCUACAGAAGCCAUCCUUCUUUAAAUAUAAGUGACCAUAAACCAGUAUCAGCAAUAUUCAGCUCAUCUAUUAAAAUAAUAGAUGAGGAGAAAUAUAGAAAAGUGUAUGAGGAAGUCAUCAAACAGUUGGACAAAAUGGAGAAUGAAAUGAUACCUCAAGUCAAAGUCGAUAGAACUGAAAUAGAUUUCGGCACUGUUCGGUACUUAGAGUUACAAGUACAAACCAUCACAAUAAAAAAUAUUGGGAAAUAUCCAGUGGAAUUUGAGUUUAUUAAGAAAUUGGAUGAAACAAACUUUUGCAAGGAGUGGUUGAUAGUUGAACCUUACAAGAAAUGCAUUUAUGCUGAGGAGUCAUGUGAAAUUCAACUCAAAGUUCUCAUUAAUAAGACUUCAGCAUGCAAGAUGAAUGCAGGCGCAGACAAAUUGUAUGAUAUACUGGUAUUACAUUUGUAUGGAGGCAAAGACAUAUUCAUCACAAUCAAUGGCACAUAUCAAAGGAGCUGUUUUGGAUGUUCAAUAGAAGUGCUAGUCAAUUUAAACAUGCCUAUAAAGGAAGUUACUGUUGGUAAGUUGAUUGAACUUGAAAGCAAAAGAGAUCAGUGUGUAUCAAACCAAUCCACUUAUUCUAUACCAAAGGAAAUAUGGUUUCUAGUAGAUCACAUCUACUUGCAUGGUUUGAAAGAACCAAACCUGUUUGAACAGCCAGGAUUCCAUUAUGAGAUACUACAGAUUCGAGACUGGUUGGACAGUGGGUCUGUGGACCCCAUACCAGGUAGUAUCCACUCAGUAGCUGAAGCAUUAUUACUUUUACUUGAGAGUACUGCAGACCCCAUCAUUCCUUACAACCUGCAAUCUGUGUGUUUGAGGGCAUCAGCUAACUAUCUCCAGUGCAAGCAGAUUAUAAUGGAGUUGCCAGAGUUUAGGAAAAAUGUUUUUCUGUACUUGUGCGAAUUUUUGCAAGAGGCCUUGCAACACAGUGCUGAAAAUGGGCUUGAUGCGAAAACAUUGUCUACAUUGUUUGGCGCUAUAUUUUUGAGGGAUAACCCUAACCAGAUACAGGAACCUCAGUCACGGAUAAACAAGCAAAUUAUAGACAAAAAGAAAGCCCAGUUUGUGUACCACUUCUUGGUGAAUGACCACAGUGAUUUGAUAUUCUCCAAAUAAAUGUUUGGAGAGUAGCCAGAAAGACGAUUGAUUUAUAGCAAUAGUACUUUAAAAUAAUAGUUUGACCAGAAAUUAUAAUAUUUGUUAGCUUUAGGAGUUUGUUUUUUAAAUAUAGAUAUUUGGAUGCCUUAACAGCCACUAUAAUUGAGGGCUGGCCCCAGCAAAGCAUUUGGGCGAUGGAAUACAGCUUUAGACCUACAUUAUGACUGUGCUUGUUCCUAUAUCUCAUUUGUAUGCCAUAUUUAAAAGUAAUUAAAUAUAUAGGUAUUAAACUAUAAUAAUCAAAUUUUAUAAUUUCUGGUCUUUUUCUAGCCAAUUUCAAUAAACAAUCCUAAUCUUGAUCUCUGAUCUGAACCCGAGAAUAAAUCAAUUAAGUUACUUAUAUACUCUAAACAUGUCAAAACUAUCUUUAUUCUGAUUGAUCUAUUUUCGUAAUCGAUCGAAGAAGCGAUUGGGAUCGUUUAUUAAAAUCGGCGAUUAAACAAAAAUGCGUAAACCAAAAAUUUGCCCCAAAUGGUACUUCUUCUCUGGUUGUAUAGUUCAUACUUAGCUUAUGUGUUGCGUCUUGAAUACUCAAUUUUUCCAUUAGCGUAUCUUAGCUUAUAGAUAUCACAUAUUUUUAUUUAUUUUAAAGUCAUAUAUUUUAUGUAUUCUGUAUAUUUGCAUUUACAUAUAUUUUUUAAUCUCUAUGAAGCUCUCUUUGACUUCAAAUUACUUUUCAUAAUAACUACUAAAAUCAUAUUUGUGUUAUUUUUAAUGGUAAAAUAGAUUUUACUUGAAGAUGGUUUUCAACUUACUGCCGUCUCUUUCAUCUGAAAAUGUUUGGUAAAAGUAAGAAAGUGACAUAUAAAUAUUUGUUCUUUUCUGUUUUUGAAGAGGAUAAAGACAAAUAUUAAACUAGAGUCUAGAGAAAUAGAACGCCGGUUUAAUUAUUUUCAUUAAUUUAUUAUAACAGUAUUACAUGGGAUUGGUUAUCGAAUUGUUAAGAAUUAUUGCAUGUGUGGUUAUAGUAAGUAAUGGGUAUUUAAAGCCGUAAAUAGAUUUAUUAUGACAUAUAUAAAUAUAUUUUCCUUAACCAAUUAUUUUAUGGAUCGUAAUUAUUGGUUAUCGUUUAACCAAUGAGCUUUAUACGUAUUCAACUUACAAAUAGACAAAGGCUUAAGGUAAAAUUAUUAUAAAAGUACAUUUGUACCUAAUAAUGUAAUAUGGAAUGCAGAAAGGCAUGCAUAACUUACAAUAUAUUAAAGCAUUUAUUGGAACACAUUGUAUACAAUUGUUACAAAUGAAAUAAAGGGCUGAUCUGACAGAGAUUCUGACAUGGACCGUGGAUGUUAAAAGGAUAAAAUACUCCGACGUUGUUGUACCGAAAUGUAUUGAUAUUCAGUACUAUUCUCAAGAAAUUACUUCUGAUAUUAAUGCUUUAUGACAUGACAACAUAUUGAGGGAAGGAAAAUCCUUUCAAUUGAAAGUAUGUUUCUGGGUAGAAAAUCAUGGGCGUAGCUUGAAGGGGGGGGGGGGGCAAUAGUGGGCGACACCUAUCCUAGAAUGUCUUGCCCACUUUGGGAAAAGCCUUGCACUUACAGGAGUGGUCGACUUACCUCGCGAGGUACAUUCUUUGUUGGUCCCGGCGAGCUUGAUUUAUGCUGCCGCUCACUGCUCCCCCCUCUCCUCUUCCUCCGAGCUAAAAUCCAUAGCUACGCCAAUGUUGAAAAUCUAUAGACUAGACUUAGUGUGUUAAAAUGGAAUUAUUAUCUGCCCGGACGAAUUAUUCUUGUGUCACAGGAACCCUUUUCCCUUACUACACUGUAUGGAAAACGUAUAUGAAAAUCUAGGAUCAAAUAUUUAUUCAUAGAACUACUUAAUCGAAUAAUGUAGUCAAAAUAAAAUAUUCAAAAUAGUGUCUUUAAUGUUAAUUAGUUCAAUGUUUUAAAAUUAUCGAUUAUACACUUGUAUACUAUCACAGCUUGCGAUUUCCAAUUUAUGCACAUUUGUUUUUAGUUUAUUGUCAUUUUGUCAGAAGUUAUACUCAAUUAAAGUUCGGGGCACAGAAAUGUUGUUCUUCAUAACGAAUUUUUGGGUCAGUUGCUAACCAACCAGUGAGGUAAACUUCAACAGUUCUGUUGAUCAACGACGGCCUGUUGUUAGUCCAAAUUAUAUUUACAUUGUAGUUGCCAUCUGACGCAGUGUUGUCAAUGGUGUAUUAGGAUUGAAGGAAUCGGUUUGACUUAAUCUUUAUUUUUUACCAAAAAUAUAUCAACAUACAUUUCUCUCAAGAUAAUAUUAAAAUCUCUUGGACUGUGUUAAUUUAUUUCCUGUAUUUUUGUCUAUUUUUAUGUUUUCAUAUAUUUUCACGCUCGUUUUCACCAACGUUCCUUAACUUAAGAGAUGUCUAAACAAAUUAUUCCUAUGGAAAAUAUCUUAACAAAUUAACUUUCUACCUCAUCAUUAUAUUGAGGGGGAUAAUGUUUUCAAUCUGAUUCAUUUAUUGAAGGGCAUGGGAAUGGUUGGUAAAAACGGACCUUAUUCAUGAAGGCAUAUGUAACAAUAUGUGCAUCACAACUUCACAUAAGAAAUACCGGGAAAAAUAUUUGCAGUAUUUCUUAUGUAAUAAGUUUUAGUCUCCAGUCCAACGAAUAUAAUUUAUAGUGGCCAAUAAAUAAUUAUAAUUUUCGAACGUGUUUACGAUAUUGUUAAUGCGAUGUGGAUUGCUGCGAUACAUUUUACGUGUACUGUCUACGACCGUAGUGUUAGAUGUUUGUAACGAAAUUUGUAACAUUCUUAUAGGGAAUUGUUAAUUUAUUAAAUUAUUGAUAGCACUGUGA